GAUAAAAGGCAAUGUGAUUCUGAAAAGGAUAUAGCAUUCGUUUAUAGAGACAUUUGAAAAAAAUGUGUUUAUUUGGGUUAUAUUUAAAAAGAUGAACAAUAGGACUUUUACUACCAUUUGAAAUUUUGUGGUGAAGUUUUUAUUUUAUGAUGAAUCUUAUUUGGUUUAGUUUAAAGUACAUGUACACAAAUUCUUGCAUUCCAUGGGUUGAAGUCAAAGGAAAAGAUUUAUUCAGCUUCAUAAUGCCCAAUCACUCUUUAUUGACAGAGGAAGAACAAGGCAUAGCUGUUAUUAGAUGAUGCUUGAUACGACCCAGAAAAAAAAUAGACCAGGACUUCCCCUUGUUCCAGUUCUCUGAUGGACUGGAACCCAACAAUGGUCAGUUUCUAUCGUUGGUCAAUUAAACCUGCGACCGCCCCCCUGAGGCGCGGAGAACGUCGUCUGACUCUGUUCCAGGUCUGUCAUUGGCUUACCUGUCGACAGCAGGAAGGGGAAAAGAGAUGGAUGAGCUAGAUUAACCCCAAGGAAAAUUAUUUUGAGAAGAAUGUGUCUAUGCUAUGAGGAGUCAAUUGAUGACUUAUCAUAUUUUAUAUAUGUAGGUGUCACUUGUAUUUAAUAGACCUUGGGAUUGAAGUCUUCCAUGCAAAACCCUUGGCAAGCGAAUGUUGCAAUUUUGCACAUUCGUACAAUAGAAUUCAACACUUGUAAUAAUUAGUUUUCUCCCUUACCUUUAUACUGGAGAGUUUGAUAAGUGGUUUAAGUUCUUGUUUAACAUCUACAUAAAAAUUAUUAGUAUAAGCAAUGUAAUAUUGCAAUCUAGAUUUAAAGAAAACAACAUUAAUACAAUUGUCAUGAAUAUCUUCAAGAAUUGUUUCAGGGUGCGAAGAGUUGAGUAAUAUAAACACAGCUCGAAAGUACUGUAUUCCCUUAAGUAUGUUGUCAGAAUUAUAUUCCAACUCUGCUUUUAGCCAAUCAAAAGUCAUGAUUUCGAGGUGCUUACAGCAGUAGCUUCCAAAUAUCUGUGAUAAUUUUUAUGAAGCAGAACCCUCGAUACUUCAUAAUUUUCUUCACAUCCUUGGGACUAAAGUUCCUUGAAAAGUGCUACAUGUACAUGUACAUUCCGUGAAAAAUGCUACUAUCCAUGGGAAUGAUGUUGGCAGGUCUGAAUUUAUCAGGCCGCUCUUUCAGAAAACUUUGUCAGUCAUAAACUCCCAACAAAUUAACCAUAACAGUAGUUUGUUUACUUUCCAUUGAUCAUUAAUGAAACAGGGGCCAUGUCUUUUGCUGUCAUUGGAUUCUGUUAAUGGUCUUUGCAGAUUAUAUUGUUCAUUAGUAUUCUGUGUCUGAAGAUGAUGUGCUCUCGCACAUAAUUCUUCAAUGUUCUAUUUUCAGUUCAUGUACUAGGGGCAAGCUAUUUGCAUGGGAGUCUCAAAUUUGGUUACUGUCUCUGCCCCCCCCAAAAAGAGAAAAAUGGUUUCUUUCAGAACAGUGAUAUACAAAAGAUGGCAGAGUGAAAUGUUACGCCUGAUCUUGACUUGCUCGCACAUUUGAAAACAUAUUUAUCCUUUGUCAACAAAAUUGUAAUUAUCUUAGUAAUUUGUUGUUGGAACAAAUUAAGAAUUUUAUUAAGAAGCAGCAUCUCAUUCUGAUAUCUGAAUGUCACUCAGAGUUGGACUUGUGUUACAUUAUUUGUCUUGUGGUUUAACUGGUUAUUCCUUUGGUUCAUUUACACACUGUAAUCCUGCCACCUUAAUAAUAAUCUCACCACCUGAAUUUUCAAGUUCUUUCUCAAUUUUUUGUUUUUCCCCUCUGGGCAAUCCUCAUCACUUAAACAUUUACAAGUCUCUUUUUAUUGGUAACAUUAUCCUGUAGUUUUCUUUUGCAACUCUUUGUUAUAUGUCUGAGCAUUCUGUAUGAUUAUAUACCCUAUAUGCAUCUAUGUACGGUAUUUAAAGUCAUUGUAAAACAAAUGGUAUUGUAAAAUGUGAGCAAACAAAAAUGCCACACUGGAAAAUAAUGUGAAGUUGAAUCUAAUUGAAUUACUGUUACUUAUAAAUAAAUUGAGGCUCUAUGAACAAUGGCAGUGUGACCACUCGUACGAUACUCUUUUAUCCAUCGAUCGCCUUAAAUAAACAUUUUCCAUCUUUUAAUGGCUGUCAUCUUGGUCUAUUUUCAGCUCUUACUCUCGUACCUAAGUCGUGUGGUGAGCAACGAGUCACAGAACAAGAUGUCCUUGAACAAUGUGGCCAUGAUCAUGGCACCCAACCUGUUCUCUGGACGAGCCAUCUCAAGGAAGAAGUCACCUGACUACUCGGAGCUUCACAUAGCGGCGGGGACGUCAAACAUCAUGCGCAUGCUUGUCAAAUACCACAACAUCCUGUGGGUGGUUCCUUUCAGGAUGUUAGAGCAGGUGCGGAAGAUGUAUGAGGUUGACAUGAAGAGAGCAAAAGACUCCAAAUCGGUCAUGACGUUAUUCAAGAGAAGCAAAGAUAAGAGGAGUGGCAUCUAUGAGGAGGUUGAAGAAGGUAUCAUUCGAAUCCAGACGCCCGGUUCAGUGGAGAAGGUCCUCACGACGAUACAGCUCAGCGAGAGGACCACGGCGGGAGACAUCGUCGCCAAGUUCACCGAGGACACGCCCUUCACGAGUAUCGAACCCGCCCCCAUGAAGAGGAAUAGCCUCAAGAGACGGAGUAGAAAGAAAUCAAUGCAGAGGAAUUCAAGUUAUGAUAUGAUUAGCAACAUCACCUCAAGUAAAGCACCAAAGUUCUAUCUCUAUGAAGUUGGGGGUAGCAUAGGAGAGCGGUGUCUGGAUCCCGAGACAAACAUGAUGGCGCUGGUCAGGGUGAACCCGACGGCGGAGUGGAUCAUCAGGUGUAGGCCCACAUGAGGUCGAGGAACUCUCAUCAGACUCAUUUAAUUUUGAUAAAGUCUGUGAAGGAGACUGUUGUUGAUUGGGGUUGCCAAGUCUCCCCGAUUGUCGGAGAGACCCCCUGAAAAUUGACUGAUUUUCGAGUGGAAAAACUGCAUAUUUUCAACAUCUACCUGAUCCAUACGUUGAUUUCUUUCAUUGGAUUGUGUGUAAUCGAGUAAAAACACUCUUUCCUCAGUAAAUUCUCCCUGAAAGGUAAAUGUUAAAGUUGGCAUCUCUUGAUUAUGCCUGAUACUGUGGAAGCACUGAGGAAAUUGUGUCGCUUGUACCAUUGUACUUUUGUACGUGUGAGAAAGACAAAGAGGGGAUUUUCAUGGUGCUUUAAAAGAUGAAGAAAUCGACCUUGUGUAGAGAUCUUCCUGUGAGGAUUAAUAUUUUUGGUUGGUAACCAACUAACUUUGCAUACCUGUCCUGCACAUAUCUCGAUCAGCUACGCAAGACUUUUCUUCUUUCCUGGAAGUGACUGUUCCCAGCGACGCUUGCAGAUAGAACUGUUCCUUGCAAUGUUUCCCUGUGGAAAAAGCAAGCGACACUUGGAAGGUAGAACUGUACCUUUCAUAUAUCCCUGUGGACAAUCUGGCAACACUGGAAUGGCUAAGUGGUCCUUUGCAAUACUCUUUGUAAACAAGAUGGUGGAAUCUGUCAAAAGCUCGUGCAGAACUUUAUGUUACCUCAACUGAAUUUUGAUAUACCAAGUUCUCUCUCUACUUUAAAUGAAAGUAGACUAAUCCUCAAGUAAUAUUGCAAGGAGAGAUUAUAUAUUCCAAUCUCCAUUAAAUGUUCUGGUAGCAAAAUUGCAAUUUUUCCAUAGGGCAGUUUAAAUUCUGUAAAGGAUUGCAGUCAAAUAUUGAAAGGCAAUGUUUCCAAAAUAUCUCUUGCAAAUAUUGUAUGCAGGAUCAUUUUCUGUUUAGUGUGACUAGAUCACUUUGGUCUUGCAUACUUUAAAUUAUGCCUAGUGAUUGGUGUGUGAGAUGACAUCUAUAUGGUGCAAGUUUGUCCUUUCUUUACCAGAUUUCAUCCUGACAAAGUGUCUUUAUAUUGUACUUGGUAUGCGAGAGAUAUUUGAUGAAAAAAUAUUUAUCAUUUGCUACCAUAUUAUUGAAAGAUUUCAAGUCACAUGCCAGAGUUAGUGCAAUUUACUGGAGCAGUAAUUAUAUCCAAUCUUAUGUGAAUAACUGAUUUGAGAAAACAACAUUCCUGCACAAAACAUUAUUAGGUCCAAAUUGGUAAGAGGCUACAUGUACAUUUUUCUUGUUUUAGCAUGGUGUAAGCAUUUUGAUGAUGAAUCAAAAGAAUUUAUAUUGCUGCACUAGGCACAAUGCUUGGGCUACUCCAUAUUUACAUGUAUGUUGUUGAUAUUGCUUUCUGAUGCCUCUGCAACAACUCUUCUUUGAUGAUCAACAAUCGUUAAAAGUGAUUCUAUUCAAUUUUUGAAAGAAAAGAAGCCAGUAUAACAAGCAAUCAGUUUUGAGAUACAAGCGAACUGUGAAUUGAGUAUUAAAAUGGUACCAAAGUAGAAUCAUCAUUCUCAUUUGCACACAGGGUAAACUUUAGUACAUUGUGUACCUGUGGUCUUGAUUCAAUCUGAUACUGACAACAUUAAUUUAGUAGGCCUCUUAGUUUAUCAAAUAUAUAUGUAAGAGAUUUUUUUCGAACAAAAAGGUUUGAUUUAUACCCAGAUUCAGAAAUUUUGUAGCGACCAAAUGUGGAUUUGACAUAUCGUAGACCAAAUAGGUGUUGGUACCAUAAGCACAUUCCUUCUGCAUUGUACUGUUGCUUUAUUCAGUGUUGCAAGUUAAUAUGCUCAGUUUUAUGGGAUUUGAGAUGGUGACGCUUUGGAAACGACAAAAUAUUUAAAAAAAAGACACAUACAAAAUUUCCUUUUAGAAAAUGAUGUGAAAGUGACAAUUAGUGUUAUCACAAAAAUCUAUGAUAUUUUCAUAAUUGUAGCUGCCAAAUUAUAAACUGGUGAAAUAUUGAAAGUUAUUGGGUGCCCAAAACUAAAUGAUCUUUUUUAAAAGUCUUUGUGGCAUAAUUUUCUAUUUUUUUAGAAUGACAUGUUAUAUUGACAAAAUUACUUGAAAAGAUCAAAGAACCAUAUUAGCCAAUACCACUUUCGAUCUGCAGACUGCAUACUGUAGCAUUGAAUUUUCUCAAUGUUUAGGGAUAUGUUGCCACUCUUGACGGUUACUUUCAUUCAUAAAUUUAGUUUGUUCAUUUUCAUCUCAGCUCAGAAAGAUUCUAUAAUGUGAAGGAACAAAAAUAAUAAAAUGUAUAUAUUUUUUUUCUUGAAAGGAAUGUGCUCAAGCUUUGUUAGUUUCUUCUCAUUUUAAUUCUUCUUUGUUUUCUCUUGCCCUUUAAAAUGUUUACAGCUUAUUGAUUAUGUUGCAACUCUCAACAAUUUAUUUAUUUUCCAACAGUGCUGCUUAAAAUGGAUUUCCGUUUUUGAUUUGUAAUGAUUUUUCUUUUUGUCAGUGUGUGAUGAUAGCUGUGGAUUGCUUAUACCCAUAUUUGUAUUUUCAAUAAUCUUUCUCAGAUUUGUUCUUGUUAUUGUUCAUUGUGUGUUGAACAAUAUUUUUUUUGCAAAGGAGUGCAAUUUUUCUUAUGCUUUCAUUAUGACCAGCAAUAGGUUUACAGGAAUCGAUACAGUAGGUUACAGAUCCAUGUUAAAAUUCUGUAACUUUUUUUGGAGACAUUUUAUGACUCAAUCCAGAAAUUUGAAAAAAAGUCCAGUGGGUUUUAAAAUGAGGUGCUAAGUUGUAUGUCAAUGAUACUACUGCUUUCAUUGUUAGAUACUGCAAACAUAUAGCUAUGCAAGCAUAUGGCAUUAACAGUUUUCUUGAAUGAGAGAUAAACUGCUCUUUACAAAGAUCAAGACUGCGUUGUUCACAGUUGUCUUUUUUGGUGUAGUUCAACACAGAUAAAAGGUGCAUGAAUGGCUCUUUUCCUAGAAAAUAUAUAAAACUUUGAGAUAUUAUUUGUUGAAUAUCCAAAGAGGGGGAAAGAAACAUAUUCUUUAUUGCCAUUAAAUUCUCAUGAAGCUUUCGGCAAUAUGUUAGUGUUUUUGUCGUGUGCGAGUGAGGCUGCGCAAUCUAUUACAAAAUGAGUAUGGUAGAACAACAUCUAAUUUUGCACUCAGUACUAUAAGAGUUUGAAAGAUGUUGGAAGGGAUGUUGAAUGGUGUAGCAUAGUGUAUAUAGGUAUUAUAAAGUUGAACUAUAAAGGAAAAGAAUUAAUUAUCUUGACAUUCUGUACAUAUAAAGAUGUUUCAUGUUCAGUGUAUGAUUAGAAGUAUGAUACAUGUAAGUGUAAUUUGUGCAAGCGAAUGGGUCUAUUUGAAUAGACCGUGUAGAUUACUCUGUAUAUAUGUACAUGAAAUUGCGACAUGUCGCAUAGAACAAAUUCCAACUGCCCGUGAUUGAACAACUCAUUGAAACUUAAUGCUUUGAUGUGAUAGUGUGUAGUUUAUAUUCAGUGUAGGAUGAUAUGUCAGGGAGAUUCACUAAAGCUCAUGCAAGUUUGAAUAUCGGAGUACAAUAUGAGUUGAUUGGCAUCGCCCUACAAUUUCUGUAUCUGUUGUAUGAUACUAUUCGAGAAAACAUUACUACUGAUUUAUAUAAGGUAUGUCUGAUGAUAAUGAAAGAUUAAAAAAUGCAAGAUUUUUUUUUUUGCAAACCAUUUUUUGCUAUACAAAAUUGACACGUUAUUAACACAUUAUACCCAGCCAAGAUAAGUGUAAAUUACCAACUGAAAAGGAAUUGCUUUAAUGAAAUCAAGUUGUAUGCAAUCAAGUAUUAUUUAGCCAUAUGUAUGAUUCUAAGGAAUUCAUAUUAGGAAGAAAUAUUCAGAAGAUAUUAAUAUGAGAUACUAUCUAUAACUGUUGAUAUCAUUAUCCCAAGAUACCUGAUUAUUCUAUUUCUUUUUAUUGCUGUAUUUCUAUUUAUACAUCUCUCUAGAUUUCUUUCCUGCUUUUAAUUUUUUUUGUCAAUCAAGAAUAUUGUAAUGGCUUUUGCACAUGACACUUGUUGGAUUUGUCAACCUAUGAAUUUGUUCAGAAAUGAUUUUUAAAAAGGAUUUAUGUCUGCAUUAAUAUGAAAGGAAAACACUCUUUUCCCCAUUCAUGAAAUUUUACCUGUUUCAUGAUUUUGAAAUAAGAUUUUUUUUUUGGGCAUAUAAGAUCAUCACACCAAUCUGAUGUAUUUUUUCAGUGAAAUUGUAGUGUUAUUUUACUUCUGUUAAAGACUCUGAUUGAUUGAAUGUGCAUAACAGUAUGAGCACAAAUAGAUAAUCAUAACAUCAUUGUGGACUGGGCCAUUCCACUUGAGAAGCAAAAUCACAUAACCUAACCUGGUCCAAAAUAUAGCAGACUUUGAAUAAGAAGUAUAAAAAACAAAACAUCCAUCAUGUUCAAGAAAUCUCUUGGUAUAUAAUGCAAGUUUUAUUUCUGGCAUUUAUUUCUCAGUGCAACAUAUACUGUUGUGAAAAUCCAUAGCAAAGUGAUCACCAGAAACCUUAAUUUGGCAAAUCUAUGGAGAAAUCAUUAAAUUGGCAAUGCUCUGGAGAGUCUAAAAUUCUUAUUUUCCAUACAAUUUGGCAAUCAUAUACAGUUACUUUGAUAGGAAAGAAAACUACUGUUCUUGGCAGUAAUAAGAAGAAAAAACUGAUCAAAUCUCAUUCUCUUUCUAGUAUCUUUAAUAUUUCUUCUCUUGCAUUUAUCUCUUUCUGUCUCUGUCAUUCCACCCCUCUCUUUCUUUCAUUCUUUGACACUUCUCUCUUUCUUAUAGGCACAAAUACUUACACAAUCUGUCUUUCUUUGUUUUCUCCACUUUCUUCUCAUCUUUGUUUCCUUUUAUAUCUACCUUUAUUCUUUCUAAUUAUCUGUUCAAUUUUAAUAUUUUUAUUUUGUCUUUUCUUUCUAUAUAUUUUCUUUCUGCUCUCUAUUUGUCUUUCUAUCUACUGGCCGUGAUGUGACGUACAAUUCUUUUUUAUUUUUUACUUUUUCAACUGUACGUGGAGUCGACUGAAUGCCAUUUAUUGUGCUCCAUGGGACAAAUAUGUAGUGAUUUAACCAUUUCAGACACAAGAGUGAAAAUUUGAAAGUAACAAAAUAUUUUCAUGAUCAUGACAUCGAGCAGCUGCGCUCUUGUUUUAAUUUAAACUUUUUUUCAGUUAUCAUUCAUAUUAUAUUUGAGCGAUUAUCAAAUCCUAGAUCAACUCAUGGAAAAGUGUCAUUCUUUGAUGCAUAUUGAUGUAUUAUACUGUAUUUAUAUUAACUACAUGUAUAAUGAUGUAUCAUUCAUUGAAAAAAUAUAUUGUAAGAACUAUAUAUAAUAAGUAUAUAUAUUUGUGUCAAAUGUGUGCAUAGAUUGCAUAUAUUUUCCACUUUUUCACAUAUUUUGAUAAGAGACGAGAAUAUUUUUUGUGAGUAGGUGAUAGACGCACUUACAGGAAUAUUACACAGAUUGUGUAUGCAUUGAUUAGUGUUCAUAAUAAAGGCACUUACUAUGCACAAUACCAUAAA